AUGCGCUCACCACUCCCUCUUGCACGUCAAUUGCAAUUGCAAUUCCCCUCCAAGUCUAAGCAUUUCCUCCGUCCUGUCUUUCGUUCCUAUUCCACACAACCCCCCCUCAUCAACACCUACGACAUCCAAGCUCCCAACACCGGGCGCAUCCGCAUCCUCUCCCUCGCCCGUCCUUCAGCACGCAAUGCCAUCUCCCGCCAAUUGCUCCACGAGCUCCGCACAAACAUCGAUGCCGUAGCCGCAGAAUACGCCGCAGAUGGCAGUGAAGUGCCGCCGCAGAAGACUUACGGCGGUGCCGCGGGGGUAGAUCAGAAGGGGCCAACGAGGGUUUUAAUUCUCGCAAGUGAGGUAGAUAGCUGUUUCUGCGCGGGCGCCGACUUGAAGGAGCGGUCCGGGUUUACUGCUGAUGAAACAGAAGCAUUCCUCUCCAACCUCCGCAGCACCUUUACCUCCCUCUCCCUCCUCCCCAUCCCCACCAUCAGCGCCGUCAGCUCCCUAGCUCUCGGCGGCGGUCUUGAGCUCGCGCUCUGCACACACCUGCGUGUCUUCGCCUCCACAGCGCAAGUCGCCCUUCCAGAAACACGAUUGGGCAUUAUUCCCGGUGCUGGAGGAACAUAUCGCCUACCGGGACUCAUUGGGCUCGGCAGGGCAAGAGAUCUAGUGUUAACGGGGCGGAGAGUUAGUGCUGCGGAAGCGUAUUUCCUUGGGAUUUGCGAUCGGCUUGUAGAGGUUGUGCCAGGGGAGGAAGAAGUGGGCGAGCAGGGAAAUAAGGAGCUGAUGAGGAGAGCGGGUGAGGAGGUGCUGAGGGAGGCUGUUAGGGUUGCUGGUGAGAUUUGCGAAGGCGCCCCUACGGCUGUGAGGGCCGGGUUGAAAGCUGUUAAUUAUGCGAGGGAGGACGUGGAGAAUCAGAUGUAUGAGAGUGUGGUGGGGACGGAGGAUAGGAAUGAGGCAUUGGCCGCAUUUAAGGAAAAGAGGAGGCCUGUUUUUAAGGGAAGGUAG